AUGGUUACCCCGUACACUGCCACGCGGUAUCGGGCUCAUGAUGCAGCCAAAUAUCUCACUCAAGCGGAGGCUCGUGAUCACAGUGAAGACUCAAACAACCCCUUUGCAUACAAAGCCAACGUUGCGCCGGACCAGAAGACUGCGUUCAAAUCUUGGACCGAUCUUUACGGCCCGCAUGAAACUCAAAGCAGCUCUUCGUCCAGCUUACUGGCCAACUUCAACUAUACUGCUACAUCGACUACCAAUUUCCCGAUCAGCGGGUAUGGACCUGCUCCGUUGAAGAUUAAGAAGUCUCUCUUCCCAGCGAAGAACAUUGCCAUACUUACGGAUGGCGACUGCGCCUCAACCUGCGCCCUCUUCGUCAAGCUGAUGAAGCGACAAGGCGUGCGCACCAUCGCAUUCGGUGGCCGUCCAACGGAAGGCCCAAUGCAAGGCGCUGGAGGCGUCAAGGGCGGCCAGUCCCUGCAGAUCAACUACUUGAAUGGUUACAUUCAGCAAGCCAACCAAGCCAUCCAAAAAGCCUCUGGUACUUCAUCGCCAAUCCUGACGAAAUCCGAGUGGGAAAAGUUCAAUGAGACCAGCCCGAAUCUCGACACGUCGUAUUCCUGGAAUGGAAACAUCAACCUUCGCAACGAGUAUGACCCGGAGGACAGCGACACUCCUUUGCAGUUUGUCUAUGAGGCUGCUGAGUGCCGGCGUUUCUACACGUUACAGAACUAUCUUCAGCAGGAGACAACGUGGCAGGCUGCUGCGACGUCGAUGUUUGGGGAUUCUGGGUGUGUGAAGGGGUCUACCAAAGGGGAGGGAAGUCUCGAUGCUUCUUGA